AUGUAUGUAUUGACAAAACGGUUCUUCACGUGUAAAACGAUGAGUGACGAGUGCUUCGAAGGGACACUCGAUUGGAACCAAUUCUUGAGAUCUGUUGACCAAUUGUCCGCAAUUUCGGCCAAAGUGGACGACAAUUGGAUCCGACGCGAGGUUUCGAGCGCUACUCAUAGACUGUCCCCUCCUUUCUGUGCCUCACGAGAGAAGUACUGA